AUGAGCGGCAGCGAGGUGGCUUUCACUAAGAAGAACGGUGCCGGAAUUAAGGUUGCCAAGAGCGCCUACGAGCAGUGCAAUGUCGUCAAGCUCCAACAUGGCGAAGCUGUUCCGGGUCGCUGGCCCUGGCAGAUCCCUUCUGUUGACGUCCACGGGCAGCAUGUGGUGGACCCCUGGAAUGGCCAAUCCCGGCGCAGGCAGUAA